AUGGACGGACGGACGGACGGGCUGGCUGCCUGGCUGGCUGGCUGGAUGGCUGCCUGGCUGGCUGGCUGCCUGGCUGGCUGCCUGGCUGGCUGCCUGGAUGGCUGCCUGGAUGGCUGCCUGGCUGGCUGGCUGCCUGGCUGGCUGGAUGGCUGACUGGCUGGCUGCCUGGCUGGCUGCCUGGCUGGCUGCCUGGAUGGCUGGCUGGAUGGCUGCCUGGUGGAUGGCUGACUGGCUGGCUGCCUGGCUGGCUGCCUGGAUGGCUGCCUGGAUGGCUGCCUGGAUGGCUGCCUGGCUGGCUGGCUGCCUGGAUGGCUGCCUGGUGGAUGGCUGCCUGGUGGAUGGCUGACUGGCUGGCUGACUGCCUGGCUAGCUGGCUGGCUGGCUGCCUGGCUGGCUGGCUGGCUGCCUGGAUGGCUGCCUGGCUGGCUGGCUGGCUGCCUGGAUGGCUGCCUGGUGGAUGGCUGCCUGGUGGAUGGCUGACUGGCUGGCUGACUGCCUGGCUGCCUGGCUGGCUGCCUGGAUGGCUGGCUGGAUGGCUGCCUGGUGGAUGGCUGACUGGCUGGCUGCCUGGAUGGCUGCCUGGUGGAUGGCUGCCUGGUGGAUGGCUGACUGGCUGGCUGACUGCCUGGCUGGCUGGCUGGCUGGCUGGCUGGCUGCCUGGCUGGCUGCCUGCCUGGCUGCCUGGCUGGCUGCCUGGCUGGCUGGCUGGC